GCGGUGGUGCCCGCGGCGGCGGCGGCGCGGCGGCGCGGCGGCGGCGGUGCGCCGCGCCGGCCGCCGCCAGACGUGAGCGGAGCGGCGCGAGGGACGAGUGAUGCCUGUGCACGCAGCAGCCAUGUGGAGCUCGGCGGUCCUGGCAGUGUGCGCGGCGGGCCUGGCGGCGGCCACCUCGGCCACUGAGGACAGGGCGGCUCUCUCGGCACAGUGCAGGGCCAUGUGUCUGGACGAGUACGAUGUCGGGAAGACCGCCUCUCACACCAAGUGUCUUCAGAACCAGUUUUGCUUUAUGUGCUGGGAGAAGUGCGCCUCGCUGCAGGACGUGCUGGCAGCCAAGUUCACCUCCUGUGACCGCGUCCCGGACUGUCGUGACGUGGGCUGUCAGCUGGCGUGCCGGUUCCACGCGUCUCCGCCGUCGGCGCCGCGGCUACUGCCGCUGCUGCCCGUCCGGCUGGACGUGCAGUUCGGCUGGUCAGAGGCCCGCUGGACGGUCACAGAGGGCGGCGACUCACAGCUCUCCCGGCGCGGCAGCAUCGUCUACCUGCUGCUGGCCAAAACCGGAGACCAGUGGAAGGAGCUUGUCCAGACCCCGGAGGUCAGCGUGGUGCUGAUCAACCUGCCGGCGGGCACGACGCUGCGCCUGCUGGCGAUGACGCGCCACGGCCAGCUGACCGCCAUGGAGACCGUGUUCGCCCCCACCGAGCCCGACCAGCUGGUCCUUGACGUGCAGGACAACCGGCUGCCCGGGGACCAGGAGCGCCAGAUGGAGACCUACCAGAUCGAGAUUCCCGGCGCCUGGCUGCUGGAGACGGUCUCUGUUGCCCGCGACGACAACAUGGUUCUGGCCGAGGUCAGCUGGCAGCCGCAGACGGCCGGUCUGGCAGAGUACCUCGUCACCUGGGAGGUCAGCGGCGGGGGCAUCAAGGGCCACCUGUACACCGACAUGACGUCUGUCACACUUAGCCUCUGGCCAGAGUCCAUCUAUAACAUCCAGGUGGAGCUGAUGGUAUCGGAGGAGGGCGGCGAGCCGCUGAGGUCCGUACCGCUGGUUAUCAGCACAUACAGCGUGGCCGAGACGGGCCCGGCCGGCCGCGCCGUGCGCAAGGUGCCGCGCUCGGCGCUGGCCGGCGGACCGGCUGGCCAGCGGCUGCCGCUGGGCGACGCGGCGCUGCUGGCGCUGCUGCUGGUGGCGCUCUGCUGCACGGCCCUCUGCGGCCUGCUGGUGACGGCCCGGCAGCGGUGCGCCGUGCCGCGCCGGCCGGCUGCCGGGCCUCCGGCGCCCCGCCUCCUCCCAGCAGUGUCCCGCUGCGUGGCGCACAAAACGGUACCCUCGCCACUAGAUGUCACUGCGAUCGCUGCCAUACACCCGCCCCGCCGGCUCUGAUGGGUCCGAGCUGUGUCAGGUCGAGAAACUGCCUCCUGGUUGAGUGAGUGUGAGUCUGCAGUGUAUGAGAGUGUCUGGAGUGCGCUGCGAAAUGAAUUCUACCUUAGUGUUUUCUAAUGGGUAGCUUUACUUAUGAAGUGUCAUAUUUGUGUUGUAAUUAAUUGCGUUCGGUGAAUAUGACAGAUUUGUUGCGUUCCUAUAAUGUGUUGAUGUUCGCUUUACGCUGUAAAUGACUCGAUACCAUGUUGUCAACUGCGCUGAGUUGUAGGCCCAUUCACACCAUCUUCCGUGUCCUCAUAUUUCGCCUUCCCACCACGUCCAUUCGUCUGGGUCCGUGCCCAGGCGGCGGUGUUGACAGAUCUGUCAAAUUUAUGCGCUCGCUCGUGUAGCCUGCGGCCGCCAAAUGCGUUCCAUGUGGCGACCCGGAAUGUUGCCUGCCGGUGUUGACGGCCGGCGGAGAGUGGCCGCUCAUCUGUCACCGCUGGGCUGGCAGCCCGUCAUCUGUGUCCGCCCGCCCGGCUGAGGGCCACGUGUGUCCCCCCCUGUUCGAACGGGUCACCGCCCCCCCCCCCCCCCGAGACUGACCAUUAUCUGUGAUACGCAUAUGCAUGAUUCGCCGCCGCUGCGUCGCCGGUCGCGGUGCGCGCUGUACAAAUACGUGCCUUCGUGUCUGUGAAUACAUCCAGUUGAUCGCGAA